AUGCCUUCUAUUCCUGGAUGUACGAGCGUCAGCAGCCCUUGUGGCGAACCUCUCCUUGCCGCCCCUCUGUUUCUAACUCACCCUUCCGCUCUUCGACUCUCCCUUCUCUCCACUCUUCGUUCCGAACGCCAGGAUAAGGCAUUCACAGUGGAUAAGGCAUUCACAGUGGAUGAUGGCUUCUAUGCCUGGAUGUUCGAGCUCCAGUUCCCCGAUCAAGCAUUCACGGUGGACGAUGGCUUCUAUGCCUGGAUUUACGAGCGCCAGCAGCCCGUAUGGCAGACCAUCCUCUCCUUCCUGCUCCCGGUCUUCACAGUCGCCUGCUGCCUCUUCCCCGUCUUCCCCCACUGGUGCAAGCUCGCCGUGCUCUACUUCCUUCUAGGGCUCAUCGCCCUCAUCUUCCUGCUGCUGUUUGUCCGGGUGGCAAUAUUCGGAGUCAUCUGGCUGGCUGUGGGCAAGCGCGUCUGGUUCUUCCCCAGCAUCCUAGCAGAGGAGGGCUCGCUGGCAGAGCUCUUCCGCUUCUGGCCGGAUAAGGACGAUAAGCCGCCCGCAAAGAUCACCACGCGCCUGGCGGUGGCUGUGAUGCUGGGGUUCACCUUCUGGCUCAUGGUCACAUAUGCUCCUGACCAAGAGCAACGGGCCAAGUACCAGAAGAAAGUGUCCAACAUCAUUGACGACGUCUUGCAAUGGAAACCGCAGAUGCUUGCAGGGAAGUCAACACCCGCCGCCCCCUCCAAUGCCACGUCAGAAAAUCAGACCUCUGCAAAUGCCACUGCUGGCAAUUCAACAACUCCCAAUGCAAGUGCAGAGGCAGCUGAUCCCAAGGCAGAUAGCACCAGUGGUGCCAGUACUGGUAGCAGUGGCAGCUCUGAUGCCGGCACUGGGAAGGAGGAUGUAUCAGAACAGGCUUCUGAGGGGGACCAAAUCACCUCACUUCGGACCAGUCCGCGCCACGCGUAUUCGUAUUUGUCAGACACUAUGGCUGACGACGAGCCUGUGGAUCCGAAGCCCGAGAUUGAGGAGGGGUGCCGGCCGAAGUGUGUGAAGCAGCUUCUCGCGUACGAGGCCUGUGUAAAGAGGAUCGAAGGCGACGAGACUGGGGAGAAGCAUUGCACUGGCCAGUACUUCGAUUACUGGGCGUGCAUUGAUAAAUGCGCACAGGCGAUGCAGUCCGUGUCGUUCCUCUACUUGAAGGCUCCUGGGUACAACGCCGAGAGCCAAGAGCCGGGACUGCCUUGCCUCCCUGUUUCCCUUGCCUCCCUGUGUCCCAGGUUUGCCUCAUCCACUCAUGCCCCCUUUCCCUUGCCUCCCUGUUUCCCUUCACUUCCGGAUUUCUGUGCCUCCCAUUCCCUUCUCUUUCUCUCCCUGUUCCUUGACUCCCGAUUGCAGUUCCAGAAGGAGCAGGAGUAUUUCAAACAAACGGCGCUGCUCUCAAAGCAACAAAAAGCCAAAGCAGAGGCGAUGCAGUCCGUGUCGUUCCUCUAUAUGAAGCCUCCCGGGUACAACGCUGAGAGCGCGCGGGCGGCAGAGCUCGCAGAGGAGGAGAGGGCGAAGCAGGAGAGGGAGGGGAAGGAGAUGCUGGAAGGGGGAGGAGGGGGGGAAGGAGGCGGAGGGGAAGGUGGGGAAGGAGAGCGAGGAGGAGGGGAGGAUGGGGGUAUGGGUGCGGAUGGGGCGUUGGUGGUGGCGGAGGCAGGGUGA